AUGAAUAAUUAAGAACAAAAAUAAUAUGAAAAAUUUGAUUGGGAAGAAUACGAAAGAAAAAGAGCAAUUGAAAAAGUGUAGUAUGAAAAAAUAUCAAAAGAAAUAUAAGAAACUUAGGAAAGAUCAAGAUAAACUUUAGCUAGCUUAGAGGUUACAUUCAAAAAUUUAGAUGAAGCUAAAGCUUAAGCUAGAUAGACUGUUGAAAACAUAGAUAAUUUUAAAAAAUAGUUCAGUGAUGCUAUGGAUAAAUUAUUAGAUAGUAUUGGAAAGUCAAUGAGUGCAAUGGGUAUUAAAUCAGAUGAAUAAAAUCCUAAGACUGCUAAAGAAGUAACUAUAGAAUAAGCAUAAAAACUGAUUACUAAAAAUGUGUUAAUAUUAUGUGGAGCAGGUUUAAGUUAUGCAAGUGGUAUUCCAACUUUUAGAGGCUAAGAUGGGUAUUGGACUAAAGGAACAGAUACAUAUCAAUGCUAAAAAGUAUUAACGAAAGAAUUUUUAAUAAGUAAUCCAGAUUUAUGUUGGGAAUGGCAUAAAGACUUUUAAAAGAUGUUAAUCAAUAAAAAACCUAAUGCAGGUCACAUAGCUAUUGCAAAUUAUAAAAAGAAAAAUCCUAAUACUUUAAUAGUAUCAUAAAAUAUUGAUAAUGUCCUCACUUCUAUUCUACCUUAAAAAUAAAUUAAGCAUGGUCAUUAUGAAUCUAUUUAUGAAAUCCAUGGUAAUAUCAAAUAUAUGAGAUGUUCUAAAGAAUGCACACUCAAAAAUAAUGAGUUAGCUACUCUAUAUGAUAUGCCAGAUCUCACUAAGAAUUUAAAACCAAAAUGUCCAUAAUGUGGUGAAAAUGCAAGACCUCAUAUAUUAUUUUUUGAUGAAUCAUAUACUAAUGAAAAUUGUAGAAUUUAAGAAUUAUAAGAAAAGUAUGAUAACUAUGAUACAAUAAUUGUAGUGGGUACAAUGCUUGAAACUGGAUGUGCUAAAUCAACUGUUUGUAAAUUCAUUAAAAAAAAGGCCACUAUAAUUGAAAUUAACCCAGAACCUAUUAUUGAACUUGGAAAUACUUAUCAAAUAAAAGGAAAAUCAGAAGAAAUCUUGCCAAAAUUAUUGAAAUGA